CUCCAUUCCUGCUCCUGUGACUACUGCCCCCUUGUGCUGAAGCUGGUAUUGACCUCCGGUCACGGGAGCAGCUGGUGCGGGGGGAGUUCACCUGUUGAUUUGUGCGCUGUGAGGUUGAUGAAGGGAUUUGUCCGACAACAUUCACAAACAAACGAGCACUUCUUCGGUGCGUGCGUGCUGUCUGGUUCGUUAGUAUGAGACACUGAUGAGUGUGGAGAGGACAGGAUGCCCACCAGCGGCGCCGACUCGCUGAAACCCAGCGCCUUCAUCCCGGUGUGCACGGCCGCCUGCCUCCUGGUCGGCUCUACCUCCCUUUUCUUCGUCUUCACAUGCCCAUGGCUGGCUGUGACCAUCUGCCCUGCUGUGCCGCCAUGCUGUGCCAUCCUCUUCCUUUUUGUGCUGGCCAACUUCACCAUGGCAACCUUCAUGGAUGCUGGUGUGCUCCCGAUGGCAAACGAGGAUGAGGACAAGGAUGAUGAAUUCCGUGCUCCGCUGUACAAGAACGUGGACGUGAAGGGCGUCCAAGUGCGGAUGAAGUGGUGUGCGUCGUGUCAUUUCUACAGACCUCCGCGCUGCUCACACUGCAGCGUCUGUGAUCACUGCGUGGAGGACUUUGACCAUCACUGUCCGUGGGUGAACAACUGCAUCGGGAGGCGAAACUACCGCUACUUCUUCCUGUUUCUGUUGUCGCUGACAGGUCACAUGAUCUGUGUCUUCACCUUUGGCCUCAUAUACGUCCUGCACCACAUGGAUGAAUUGUGGAAGUUGCACUGCACUGUCACUUUGGUAGUGAUCAGUAUAUCAGGGCUGUUUCUGAUCCCGGUCCUGGGUCUCUCUGGAUUCCACCUGUACCUGGUGUCCAGAGGACGCACCACCAAUGAACAAGUAACUGGGAAGUUUCAGGGAGGAGUAAAUCCUUUUACACGCGGUUGUUGUAACAACCUGGAGUAUCUGGUUUGCAGUCCCAUCUCUCCAAAGUACACAGCAAGGCCCUGUAAGAAAACAGUCAUCCAUGUUCAGCCUCCGUUCCUCAAGCCAGAGAUCGACAGGCAGAUGCCAGUGAAAGUCAGGGACAACGGGACACAGUGCCAGGAUCUUCAAAUUAAACGGACCUCAGUGGGAGCCGUCGAGCUGUCAGACAUCAAACAGAUGAAAACUCCACCGCCGCUGCCACCAAAACCAGAGCACAGCCUGCUGAAAAGCCAACUAGCUGCCAUGGACGAGAUGGGACAUCAUACCAAAUCCAUCAUUCCUGUGUCCAUUCCCACUGUGCCACAGCUACGGCCAGUCCUGGAGGCCAUAUCCAGAGGAUCAUCACCCAUUCCUCCAGAGCAGGUGCUGAAGACUUCGGAGCAGCAAGGGAACAACAAAAGUCCUGACCUCCGCUCUGAGUCCAAAGAGAGCCCAGCGAGAGCCAGCCUGCAUGCCCAGACCAACACCCUCUCCAGUUCACUGCAGCUCAAUUCUCUGUCGCUCACCCUCAAACACAACAACCGCCAUGGCAGCAAAUCCCAGCUGCCUGCGAUGCAUGCUGACAGUUUUGGAUCCAAUCCCCCACCGGGCAUCAUCUCCUCCUCCAGCCUUCUGGCCAACCACAGUAGCAGCAGCCUCUCUUAUGAUAACCUCAUCAACCCUGCAGACGCUCAGUUCCUGACUCAGAGAGGGGCCCCUCUGGUGGGCUACCACCCUCACUUCAUGGCUCUGGGCACAGAUGGGACUGUGGUGCAGCGGCCGGCCCCUCACGCCUACAGCCCCGUGUUUAUGGGUGUCACCAGACAGUCUCCUCAGCCUCGAGACCCCUCGCCUUCUUUGCAGGGUCUCACCUCCAGGGAUCCCUCACCCUCCUUCCAAGGUUUCAUUCAAAGAGACCAUUCUCCUGCUUUUCAAGGGCUGAUGCCAAGGGACCUUGCACCCCAAAGCGCAACAUCGCGAGACCUCACCCCUUCGGGUCUGGCAAUACGAGAGAGUCUCCGAGACAGCCUCCGUGAUCUCGGGCCACAGGGCUUGACACCUCAGAAGUCUGCUGCUGCACGCUAUGACAACUUUUCAAAAACCAUCAUGGCAUCUAUCCACGAGAGACGGGAGAUGGAGGAGAGGGAGAGGAUGCUGCGUCUACAAGCCAGAUCCCAAGCCCUGUAUGGCCCAGACGUGGGGAUCUAUGACAUCCCCAGCAGGCGGAGUCUUCCACCGGACAACAUCCGACCUCUGGGCUCCCGUGGACCAACUCCCCCAGCCUACGGCUCCCGGGAGUUCCUGAUGAGCACAGGUAUCCUCGGUUACGGCAUGAGGACCUCACCCCUCUCCAGCUCCUCCACGUCGUCUCUGACUCGAGGCCCAAAAACAUCCAGCUCCCCUCUGCAGAGCAGCAGCAGCAGCAGCCUACAAAGCAAAGGCAGGUCCUCCUCUCCAGCCUACGGCCCUCCUGACAGACAGACGCAACCCCUCCCUUCCUCUACAUCUACCCUGCCCCGCUUACCCUCCUCCACCUCCUCCGUCCCCUCGUACGCCUCCUACGCCACUGCAAAACGAUCCUCACUCACAUACUCAUCUGAAGGGAAGGACUCAGUCACCCUGGGAGCUCUGAAAUAAUAAAAAACAUACUCCAUGUUUCUGAUGGUGUGAAUGAAUCAUCUAUGCAGUGUUAGUCUUCACAGCUCCCAGAUACUUUGUAAAUAUGAGGCCAUUCAGGACUUUCCUGUGUGGGAGGGUAUGCAAGAAACAAAUAUACACAGUGAAGAAUAAACUUAGAAAUAUUCUUGCACAUGUGAGUUUGACUGUUGUUAAUUAAAAAAAAAAAAAAAAAGGCGAUUCUCAGGAUAGUUGUGCCUCCUCUUGCAGAUAGAGCGAGCUCUAUAAACUCAGUCAAAACAGAAGAGCUAUGUGAAGAAUACAGAUUAACUUAUUAUCUGUUUGUAUGUGUUUUGAUAUUGCUUUUGUGAAACAAUGUAAUACCACAUGAUCUAAUUUGUCUCCCACUGGAAAAAAACCCCUAUUUAAUAGA